AAGAAAGGGACGUUCACUUGUUGGUGACCAGGUGUGCACUUGCCACAACUUGUACUACAACUACAAGAAACUGAAGAAAACCUGCUGACACAUAGAUAGAAAGACUGAUUUAACAUCACAGUGACUGUGUUGGGCAUUUUAUAUUUUAAUAAACAUGGGAAAGAUCAUACAUGAUAACAUGAAGGAGCUCCCUGUGACCCAGACAAAGGUUAGGGAAAACAGAAUCAGCCGUUGCCCAAUGUCAGUACAUAUGAAAAACUUUCAAAAUGGCUUUAGUCACCAAGACACACUCUACCACCAAGCUGUCAAGAGUCAGGUCUGCAAGCCGAAAAUGUGUGAGGGCUCAAUAAUGACCCCAAAGUCUUUAAUACGCUCUUCUCCUGUUUCUCCACCUUCCACCAAUGAGCUCCUCACACAGGCCAUUGACUUCAUCAACCAGUACUACAAAUCCUUCAAAAUCUCUAAAAUCGACGAGCAUCUAGCUCGUGUUAAUGAAGUAGCCAACGAGAUCGAUGCCACUGGAACUUAUCAGCUCACUCCGGACGAACUCGCAUUUGGAGCCAAACAGGCUUGGAGGAAUGCGCCCAGGUGCAUCGGAAGGAUUCAGUGGUCCAACUUACAGAUGUUUGAUGCACGCAAAUGCAGGACUGCUAAGGAAAUGUUCCAGCAUUUGUGUAGUCACAUCAAGUUUGCCACAAAUGGAGGCAAUAUAAGGUCAGCCAUCACUGUGUUUCCUCAAAGAACUGAUGGCCAACAUGAUUUCCGGGUUUGGAACAGUCAGCUCGUUAAAUAUGCUGGAUAUCAGAUGGAGGAUGGCCAUGUUAUAGGGGACCCUGCUAGUGUGGAGUUCACCGAGAUUUGUGUCCAACUUGGAUGGACGCCAAAGUAUGGGUCCUUUGACGUGCUGCCACUGAUCCUGCAGGCUAAUGGAGAAGAUCCUGAACUUUUUGAAAUUCCCCCAGAGUUGAUACUGGAGGUCGAAAUAGAGCACCCACAGUAUAAGUGGUUCAAAGAUCUGAACCUUAAAUGGUAUGCGCUGCCUGCAGUGGCCAACAUGUUGCUGGAGGUUGGAGGUCUUGAGUUCACAGCAUGCCCCUUCAAUGGCUGGUACAUGGGCACUGAGAUUGGGGUGAGAAACUUCUGCGAUGCUCACCGCUACAACAUUCUUGAGAAAGUUGGACAGCUUAUGGGGUUGGAUACACACAAUCUGUCAUCACUGUGGAAGGAUGAGGCUCUGGUUGCCAUCAAUGUUUCAGUGAUUCACAGUUAUCAGAAAAAUAAGGUGACCAUCACAGAUCACCACUCUGUCGCAGAGUCCUUCAUGAAGCACAUGGAGACUGAAGUGCGUCUGCGUGGUGGCUGUCCUGCUGACUGGGUCUGGCUGGUGCCUCCCAUGUCUGGUUCUCUGACCUCUGUGUUCCACCAGGAGAUGAUCAACUACAUUCUUUCCCCCUUCUUCUACUACCAGCCUGAUCCCUGGUUAACAUAUGUCUGGAAAGACGAGACAAAAGGACUAAAGCAGCGAAGAAAAAUCAGCUAUAAAGCACUUGCAAAGGCAGUGGUGUUCUCUCAAAUACUCAUGCAGUCUGCCUUGAAAAAGAGAGUGCGUUGCACCAUCCUGUAUGCUACUGAAACUGGAAAAUCACAAUCCUUUGCCAAAAAGCUCAAGUCAAUGCUCAGCUCUGCUUUCAAUCCCAGGCUACUUUGCAUGGAGGACUACAAUGUCCAGGAUCUUAAGAACGAACGUCUUAUGGUGAUCGUCACCAGCACAUUUGGCAACGGAGACCCCCCUGGAAAUGGAGAGAGUUUCAAGAAGCAGCUCAUGAACUUGCGUAAGCUGGAAAACAACAUGAGGUACUGCGUUUUUGGCCUUGGCUCUCGCAUGUACCCGCAGUUUUGUGCUUUUGCUCAUGCUGUGGAUGAUAAGCUUGCAGAGCUGGGAGCCAAACGUGUGAUUUCCAUCGGAGAAGGUGAUGAGCUCAAUGGACAGGAAGACGCUUUCUCUGCCUGGGCUUGCAACAUGUUUAAGGCUGCAUGUGAGGAAUUUGGUGUUAAGGGACAAAUGUCAGGGUCUGAACACCUAACGGAGACCUGGGAUGCUCUGAGACACAGAGUGCAACCUGAUAGCAGCACCCUAGACCGCAUCUCCGCCCUGUCAGCACUCCACUCUAAAACUGUGUUUCCCAUGAAGCUGAAGAAGAGAAAGAAUCUCCAGAGUGCUGAAUCAAGAUGCUCUACUUUACUGGUGGAGCUGGAGGUGGAUGGUGGGAAAGAGGUCUUAAAUUAUGCUGCAGGUGAUCACGUGGGUGUUUUCCCAGGGAAUUCACAGGAGCUGGUGAUGGGCAUUCUGAAGCACAUUCCUAAUGCUCCUUCCACCAAUCAGAGCGUCCGACUUGAAUACCUGCCUGAGUCUAGCCCUGGAGGUGAAGGAUGGCAGACAGAUUCUCGUAUCCCAGCCUGCUCUCUCACCAAGGCUCUUACAUUCCUCCUGGAUAUCACCACACCACCUUCUCAAAGCUUUCUACGCAAGCUCUCACAGUUGACCAAGAAGGAAAAUGACCGACAACGCCUGCUAGAACUGGCAUCGGACUUCAAGUGCUAUUCAAAAUGGAAAGAAUUCCGCACACCCAACUUCCUGGAGAUUCUGGAGGAGUUUCCUUCCCUGGAGCUCUCUGCAGCCUUCCUUCUGAGUCAGCUACCCCUGCUGAAGCCCCGCCUCUAUUCUGUCAGCUCCUCCCCUGAUCUCUACCCUCAUGAGCUUCACCUAACUGUGUCUGUGGUCAAUUACCGCACCCAAGAUGGAAAUGGUCCUCUGCAUCAUGGUGUCUGCAGCACAUGGCUCAACACCCUCAAAGAAGGACAGACCGUUCCCUGCUUUGUUCAUGGAUCUAGUGGAUUCCACCUUCCAUCAGAUCCUACUACUCCAACUAUCUUAAUUGGAGCAGGGAGUGGCAUUGCUCCUUUCCGCAGCUUCUGGCAGCAGCGCUUCCAUGACAUGAAAAAGACAGGUUUGCAAAAGAGUCCUAUGAUGCUGGUGUUUGGAUGUCGUAGUGCAGACAGAGAUCAUCUUUAUAAAGAGGAGAUGUUUGACAUGAAAAAAAAUGGCACUCUUAAGAGCAUCAUUCCAGCAUACUCUCGCCAGGCUGGUUACCACAAGGUGUAUGUUCAAGAUGUCCUGAGGAAGCAGUUAAGUGAAGAGGUUUGGGAGGCCUUGAACCAGAAGUCUGGACAUGUGUAUGUGUGUGGGAGCAUGAACAUGGCCCGGGGUGUUGCUCAUGCUAUUCAGGAGAUCCUGGUUAGCCAUCUGGGUAUAACACUCUCACAGGCUGGAGAAUAUCUGGAACAACUAAAGGCUGAAAAGAGGUACCAUGAGGACAUCUUUGGAGUCUAGUUCUGGAACAAGCAACACAGGAAGAGCUUUGUUUAAAAAUGAAGGAAUAUGUACAUGUCUCACCAUGAGUUGCUUCAGCAUCAGAGAUCCAACAAGCAGUCAUACAUAUUGUAUGUGUGUAAGAUGUUUUGUCUACCAGUCUCUAGUAUCAUAUUUAUUAUUAUUAUUAUUAUUAUUGGACUAUUCGGUAUAAUUACAUCAUAUAUACGUCUUUCUUUGCUUUUUUUGUAUCUUUUACACAUUUAAGAUAAAAUAUAAUCUAAAGGAUUGAUUUGUGUUGCUGAACUCAUGACUUUCUCCAUGUAUACAUUUUGUAAAUGUGUCUUUUAACAAGUUUGAAAACUGAAAUAUUUAUCUUGAUUGUUGACUGAUUGUUCAGCCAGUGUGUAUGAAUUAAACUGUACAAUAAAAUGAAUUCAUGGGAA